GCGCCCCCUCGAAAGGAACCUGAGCCUGAACGAAGGAAAGAAGUGGUAGAGGUCCAGGAGGAAGAAGAGGAGGGUGAUGACGCAGAGAAUGAGAGGUUCCGCCAGGAAGAGGACCGGCGAGCUGAGCAGAGGGCCAAGAAGAGAGGAGUUCAGGGAGAGGCGGAGCCGAGCCUGCGCAACGGUGUGCCACGCGGUACUGCUAGAGGAAGGCUUUGACGUGGAGCGAAUGGUGGACAAGCUCCUGGAGGGCCACAAUGAUUUGAUGAAUCUAAAGGACAUCUUGGCGUCGGCACCAAGGCUCCGUGGCGAGCUGAAAGGACGACUCUUACGAAGGUUAGUGCCCAACGUCCACCUGAGCUCAAUUCUGCCCAGGGAGAUAGAGUGGACAGAGGCGGGCAUCAGGAUGGAUUGGAAAUGUGUGGCAUGCGGGUUGGUGGAUCUAAAGGUUCUGGGUCUGCUGGAGGAGCACAACCUGACGGCGAGUGGCCCCAAGUCGAAGCAUUGUAUGAGGGAGGCCACGAUUAUGGGCUUUGUCUGCAAUGAGAAGGGGCGGAGACCAGAUGUGAAGAAAACGGACAAGAUCCUAGAAUGGUCAGUCCUCUUUCAGUUGAUAACGGAUGUGAGGAGCUUCCUUGGGACCUGUGGGUUUUGGAGGAGUUUUGUGAAGGACUUCGCCACCAAGACGGAGCAUUUGAGGAAGCUGGUGCGUAAGGAUGAGGAAUGGGUCUGGGGCGAAGACCAGGAAAAGGCGGUGGAAAGGAUGAAGGGGGAGUUCAAGGAAGGAGUCUUGGUGCUGGGAGCGCCAAAUUAUGAGGCCACGGAGGAAAGGCCAUUCGUUGUCGAGACGGACGCGGGGCCAACUGCCUUAGGAGGGGUCCUGAUUCAGACAGAUGUGGAUGGGAAGGAGAGGCCGCUAAGGUCUGACUUUUCGAAGGCAGCCAUGCAGAGGGGCGGGAGGGACACGCGGCCACGGCAGGGGCCCCAGAGGGUACCAGGAAGGGGCGAGCAGCAUGAGCCGCCUAGGAGGAAGCCUACAUCUGAGUUCAACGGCGAUAAUAUAGAGUUCUUCCUUGACGUGUAUCUGGAUCAUGCGGCACAAAGAGGGUGGUCAGUGGCGGAGAGGAUUCACCACUUGAGGGGUAUCGGGUGGUUUGAGGAGCCAGUCGCUCAGAUAUGUGAGGAGGCCCUGACUUGGCCAGAUGUGGAGGCCGGGAUGCAGAGGUUGAGAGCUUCCCCUAGAGGGCGUGAUGUUGAGCCGACGGGCUAUGUGUCGUUGGAGGAGCCUUUGGACCCCGAGAUGGAGACGGACAUGCGAGACCGAGACGAACCGCAGGAUCUUGAGAUGGCAGCCGAACAGCCGGAUCCGGUACGGGCUCAGGAUGGGGAGGUGAUCACGGUCGGAGACGAUACCCCUCCAUGCUCCCCAAUUCCAGAGCCAGCACAGUGUUCAUGGCCAGAGGAAAUUCCUGAGCCAGGCAGCGAGGAGAUUCCGGAGUUUCCCCCAGAGACCACUGCGGUGCCUGAGCAGGAGGCAGAGAUGGAGGAGCAGGGGGCGGAUGAAGGAGCGAGGAUGGAGGCGAUUCACAAUUUACCUUCAGUUAUGCCCACGACCGAGCGCCCAACUAUCGACGAGCCUGUACUGGAGGGGCUACUGCCGGCAUUGCCAUGCACGAGCGAGAGGGUGGGUGCCGAAGCAUCGACCCCGGAAGGCCAGGGGCCGCAAGGGAGGGGAGCCUCAAGAGAAACCCGCGAGCAGAAGUCCGCCAGAGUGCGAGUCCGUCUCGAUAAGAUACACAGAAGGCAGGCUGAAAUGGAGGCGGCAGGGAUAGAGCCGACGUCGCCGGUCGAUCCCAAAACGAGCAAGCAGCGGAUCAACAAGUUGUGGGCGAGGUACGAGAGCCAGAGGGACGCGGCUCGCCAGAGGUCACGAGGGGCGGGACAGGCGGACGUGGAGGCGGGUGAGCUGAGAGAGAUGGGGGACUUGGGGUUCUCCGCGACUAGGAAGGCGAUUGAGUGUGUGGAUAGGAAGAUAUGCGAGACAGCAGUUACAUCCUUCCAGUGGUAUAGUCUACUCAGCGGUGAGCUCAGGGUCAGAGAGUUGGAGGUGGAGCACCUGACUACUCAACUUGCCGAGGAGAGGGCGAGGAGCCAGGCCAGAGAGGUUGAGUGGGAGAGGAGAUUUGGGGAGAUGGCAGCCAUUCUGGAUAGGCUCUCAGAAGCCUAGGAGGCUAGCCAGACGGGACGAGCCGGUGCCGAUGGCCAGGGCCGAGGGAUGCAGGCUUCGCUGAGUCAGGGAGCAGC